GUUUACAGGGAGCUGGUAAGGAGCAUUGCCAAGGAGUCUUGAGAGCUGCAAUGGCGUCUUUAGGGAAGAGGUUGUGCCGAAAGCGGCGGCCGAGGUUUCUCAAGUCGGCACCCAUCUUGCCCGUGUGUAGGGAAACCGGAGAGAGAGAAGGAGAGAGUGGAGACAGGGAGGGGAAGAGGGAGGUGAUUGUGGUUGAACCGGACGACGAUGUUUUUGUGUCGUCACCAGAAUCUCCCAGUAGUCCAGAUUCGCUGGACCUGCUGAAGCUAGGCCAUGUAUGUGUGCAGAAAGACACUCAAAUCUCUGAGGUGUACGAUGUUAAAGACAAGCUGGGACAGGGCCGUUUUGGAACGGUGUACCUCUGUGAGGACAAGUCCACGCGGCGGAGGUUUGCGGCGAAGUACGUUCGCUGCCGGCGCUCGGCGGACAGACAGAGCAUCAACCACGAGAUCGACAUCAUGAACCAGCUCAGACAUCCCAGAAUCCUCCAGCUGUACGACGCGUUCGACUGCGGGAAGGAGGUCGCCAUGAUCAUGGAACUGAUCACAGGAGGCGAGUUGUUCCAGCUUGUUAUCGACGAGGCGGUGGAACUAUCGGAGAAGGCGUGUGUGAGCUACGUCAGACAGCUGUGCGAGGCUGUGUCCUACAUGCACGAACAGAACAUCCUGCAUCUAGAUCUUAAGCCAGAGAACAUCAUGUGCAUCAGUAAGAAGGGAACCGCCAUCAAACUGAUUGACUUCGGUCUGGCCAGGAAGUUUGACCCAAAGGAGGACAACAGGGUGAUGUUCGGCACACCUGAGUUUGUUGCACCUGAAGUCAUCAACUUUGACAGUAUAGACUACAGCACCGACAUGUGGAGCAUCGGGGUCAUCACUUAUGUUCUAUUAAGCGGCCUGUCCCCCUUCAUGGGUGACACGGACCAGGAAACUCUCACCAACGUCACGCUUGCGGAGUUUGACUUCGACGACGAGGCUUUCGACAACAUCUCAGACGACGCCAAGAACUUCAUAGAACAACUGCUCCUCAAGGACAAAGAGAACCGAAACACAGCCGUAACCGCCCUCCAGCACUGCUGGCUGUGGGUGCUGUAACACUGCUGGUGUACA